AAAAGCGCAGGCAGCAAGUGAGCUCAACUGCUGAAUUCCGGGUCGGAAUUCAGCCAUUCAGCUCCCCCAGCCAACCAGCUCCACUCCACGCGGCUGUAUUUAUAGCGCUUCUCCUCAGGGAGCGGAGUGGAGAAGGAGAGGCGAGAGGGGAAGAGGACAAGCACGCCAAUGUGCGACCAUACGGACAGCUCCAGAGGAAGAAGAAGAAGUAGUAGAAUACAGACAACGAGGAGAACGACGACGACGACUACCACUACAAGAAUCCUACGUUGAUGGCCUCUAGCUGCGGCAAGAAGAAGCCCAGAGUCCCAAUCAUUGCCUCCGUUGUCCCCUUCCUGCUCCUCCUUGUGUCUUUCUCCUUGGUCUCCGCGACGCACGGCGGCAACGGCACGCGGACGCAGGCGCUCUUCGGUGCCAGGGAUGAGCUGCGCGCGUACAGGAGGGUCAUGGCGCGAGCGGCCAGGAUGAAGAUGGCUUCGGUCAAGACAAUCCAGAGCCCCGACGACGGCGAUGCCAUCGACUGCGUGCCGUCGCACCUGCAGCCGGCGUUCGACCACCCGAAGCUCAGAGGGCAGAAACCCGAGGAUGAGCCUGCGGAGAGGCCCAGGGGCUCCGCCGCCGCCGCCGCGCAAGAUCAGGAGGAGGCCGUCUUCUUCCCGCAGGCGUGGAGCGACGGGGGUGAGUCGUGCCCCGAGGGGACGGUGCCGGUGCGGCGCACGACGGAGCGCGACGUGCUGAGGUGCAGCUCAGCCCGGCGGUUCGGGAUGAAGCCCCGCGCCAGCAACGUGCGGCGCGACUCCACCAGCAGCGGCCACGAGCACGCGGUGGGGUACGUGACAGGGGACCAGUUCUACGGCGCGAAGGCGAGCCUGAACGUGUGGUCGGCCAAGGUGGCGUCGGCGGCGGAGUUUAGCCUCUCCCAGAUCUGGGUCAUCUCCGGCUCCUUCGGCAACGACCUCAACACCAUCGAGGCAGGAUGGCAGGUGAGCCCUGAGCUGUAUGGAGAUAACAACCCGAGGUUCUUCACAUACUGGACGAGCGACGCCUACCAGGAGACCGGGUGCUACAACCUCUACUGCUCCGGCUUCGUCCAGACCAACAACCGGAUCGCCAUCGGAGCCGCCAUCUCGCCGACCUCGGUUUACAACGGCCGGCAGUUUGACAUCAGCCUCCUCAUAUGGAAGGACCCACGGCGCGGGCACUGGUGGCUGCAGCUGGGGUCGGGCCCGCUGGUGGGGUACUGGCCGUCGUUCCUGUUCACGCACCUGGGCGGGCACGCCAACAUGGUGCAGUUCGGCGGCGAGGUGGUGAACUCGCGCCCGUCCGGGUCGCACACGCCCACGCAGAUGGGGAGCGGCCACUUCCCCCGCGAGGGGUUCAACCGCGCCGCCUACUUCCGCAACGUGCAGGUGGUGGACUGGGACAACAGCCUCGUCCCCGCCGCCGCGCUCCGGCUCGUCGCCGACCACCCGGGGUGCUACGACAUCCAGGGCGGCUACAACCGCGCCUGGGGGAACUACUUCUACUACGGCGGACCCGGCAGGAACGUGCACUGCCCCUAGCCCGCCCCGAUCAAGAAGAAAGAUACACAGGUACACACACAACGGAUCGCCGUGCGCAUGCCGCCGGAGUUCACUGAUGAUCAACCAAAAAGGUUUCGGUUUGAUAUAUGUGAGGCUUCUUCGUUCGGCCUGUUUUUUUUUUCUUGAGUCAUGUAUACAUGAAGAAUCCACACAGAGAGUGUUUUGAUCACCAUAUGUAUAGUUAGAUCCAUGCAUCCAUAGUGUUUUGGUUUGUGUGCAUUAA